AUGUUCGACGUGGACAAGCUAAUUACCCGGAUUGACGCCGACCCAGCGCAGUUUUGCUGGAUAACCAAACAGACAUGCCAGGAGGAAUUGGGUAGACUGUCUAAUGAGCAGUUCCUGGACUUCUGUCUCCUCCUGGGAUCUUUAUUCCUACCGACAUUCCCCAUAUUCGAGAACCCCGCCUUUCCUGGAAAGGGCGCUACCAUUCGGGAUGCUCUACCGAUGUUCAACUCUGCUGGACGGAGCGCCCUCUCGCUGUGCGCCCAGUUCGAGGAAGAUCGCCGUAUGCAGGAGCUUCAAUACACAGACCGUUACAAGCGUGCAUUCAUGACAGUGAAGCACCAUGUGUUUAUAGACGCGGAAGGACGGGUGGGCCCGAUGGACCCAGAGAACACCUCUUCUGACAUGCACGAGCUGAUCGGCCAGCGUCUUCCCGAAGAACUCUACUUUUAUCUCUCAAAAGGUGUCUUGGGCGCUGAUGUGCCCAACUACCUGACGUCUGGCGAGGUCGUGGUGUCUCGGCCUUUGGGCGUGGAAGAUACAGAAAUCUAUCGCCAGGUUGCCGGGACCACUCUUACUCCAAUUAGAACCCAAGCGAUAUGCCUGCUUUCUAAUUCCCUCCAUAGAUUCUACCAGACUAAAGUGAUCCAAGUGCGUACUUGGUAUGACGAGAGGUCCGAUACAUCAGUCAACCUCAAGUCUUUGCCUUCGGUCAAAGAUACUAUUCAGUCUUGGAAGAUACGUAUUGACCAGCUACCGGAGGGGUUGAAGAAACUGCAGCGAUCGACUGGUCCGUUCAAGUUUGCCGUCCAAAGCUUGAAGGAUUCAGAAUUUGUGUCCAAGUCUCUGUCUGCCAGGGAGUCCCAGCCAUUGUCGUCCCAAGAAGAGACUCUAGCCAACGUUUUCUGGAGAUUCUUACAACUGCGUGGGUAUAUCGACGAGAAACACCAGCUCACCUCUUGGGGCCUUUGUCUGGAGCAAGCUCUAUCGGUACUUGACCCAGCCGAUAACCUUGAAGAGGCUACUUUCCUUGCUAUUGAGAUGGUACGCUUCGGUGUCCUCAAUGCGAAGCAAUGGUUUGCUCACGUAUCGGGGGGCCCGAUGAGAGGUUCUGAUGAGGAUAAGAACUUUAAUAUUCUCGUCUCUCGCGUGGCGUGUAUCGCUAAACUACAGCAUAAGAGCAUUGGCUACUCUGGACCUUUGAGCCGGCAGCUACUCUGCUACCGAUCAUUGGUUUCAGAAGUCCGUGCCACAUUAAGGAAUCUGAUUGAAGUCGUUUUGACUGGUCUUCUACUCAGUGGAGAUGCUGAUAGGGAUCGGGAUGACUGGACUGGAUUGAGCGUCAAAUUGCCCUUUAUCGACGAUAAUGACUGCGGCCUGGGUAUUGCCGUCCGCACAUACCUUGAUGACUUGCCCCUGCAGUCCGACCCGACAUCGCCAGAGGCACGGGCUGAAGUGAAGUCGAAGGGUAAGGAAUGGUUCCAACACAGCGAUAGCUUUACAGGUAAUUUGGAUUUGGCUUUCAAGCUUUGGGAUGCGGUCUACAAAGGAACACAGCACGCAGGGAAAGAAUUCAAGGACGGUAAACUAUUUGGGGACGCAAACAGCUGGUUGGCUGAAAGGCGGUGA